GCCGGCGCCGCGGUUCGAGGCCGCGCGCUUGCAAGCAACGCGCCGUCCAGAGCUCGUUCACCACAAAUUAUUCACGCUGUGGUCAAUAGUUUGGCUCGGGCGACGCGCUCCGACAACCACAGCGAGUCCGCCCCUUUAGACUCGCGAGGGCCUCAGGACGCGCCUGACGCCGCGCGCAGCACUGCGCAACGCGCGAGCGCCGAAACGCGCCUAAAGCAUGGCCAAGGCCGACGUCGAGAUGGCCGACGCCGCGCCCGCGCCCGCGCCCGCCGCGGCCGACGACAAGGACAAGGCGCCGCCGCCCUUCGACGUCGCCCAGGGCAUCGCGAAGAACGUUGGGUUUGUAAGAAAGGCCGUGGAAGGUUCCCAGCCGCGAUUACUCGCGCGCGCGCUCCGGAACACGACGCCCGUCCGCCGGAAGUGUUGUGCCGCGGACCUCGCAAACGCUCUUAGGGCGCACUUGCCUUCUGAUGCGCGCGUGCUGCGGGACGCGGCGCUCGCUGCAUUAGGACCCGUCGAAACGGAUGCGGCCAUGACGGAUGCUGAUGAGGUCCCCGAGGACGCGCCCGUGGAAGUGGAAGUGUAUUUAGCGUUUCUGGUGGUCGCGUUUCUGGUCAGGGAGAAGAGGUAUGAGGACGCCACAAAACUCUGCGAGGCGUCCUUACCAAGGCUGCGGACCAUGAUGCGGGAGCGUAGAGCCGUGGACGCUUUGGCAGCAAAAUUCUACUUCUACCUGGCCUUAUGUCACGAGAAGCUCGGCACUUCUGCCAAUGUUGCCGCUACAUUAUUCGCGGCCCAUAGGACCGCGGUCUUGCAGCACGCCGACGUGUCUGCGGCCACGUUGUUGAAUGCAUUACUGCGCGGUUUGUUAGCCGCCAAUAGAGUAGAAGCUGCCUUAAAACUCGUCUCGAAGACGGACUUUCCCGAGUCGGCGUCGAACCCCCAGUUCUGCCGCUACUUGUACUAUACGGGUCGCAUCCAAGCUUUGCAAUUGGACUACACGGACGCCCAUACCAAAUUGAUGCAGUCGCAGCGCAAGGCGCCGGCCACAACAGCUGUGGGGUUUCGCGUCGAGAUCCAGAAGCUCGCGGUUUUAGUGCAGUUAUUGAUGGGCGAGGUACCUGAUAGAAGUUCGUUUGAGGGUUUUAAGGGCAGGGCGCUCGAGCCCUACUUACAACUCACAAGGGCGGUGCGGAGGGGAGACCUACCGGCUUAUCGCGCGUGCGUCGCGGAGCACGCGGAUACGUUCGAUCGCGACCGGACGCGGUCGUUGGUAGCAAGGUUGGAACGAAAUGUCGUCAAGACGGGCCUGAGGAGGUUAAACGUCUCCUACUCGAGGAUCUCGUUGGACGACGUCCGCGCGCGACUCCACCUCGACAGCGCCGCCUCCGCGGAGUUCGUCUGCGCCAAGGCUAUUAAAGACGGUGUUAUAGAUGCGGUCAUCGACCACGACAACCAGCAGAUUAGAUCUAAAGGAGUCGCCGACGUCUAUAGUACGAACGAGCCGCAGAAGGCCUUCCACCGGCGCAUCGUCUUCUGCCUCGACGUGCGCAACGAGGCCGUCAAGGCCAUGCAGUACCCGCCGGACACGGGCAAGAAGAAGCAACCGGAUGAGGACGACAAGGAGGAGAAGCAGACGGACGAGGAGAUCGCGAAGGAGAUCGAGGAGGAGCUGGGCGACGAGCUGCCCUAGGUUUGUCCGUCUUUA